GGGGCCUUUUCCGGCUGCGGGGCUCCGUGUCCGUGUGGGUCCCGCGUGGGUCCCAUCCGGAGGUCCGUUCCUCGCCGCACGGACACAGCGAUUCUGUUUCGGGUAUUCCAUCCGCAGCUCUUCGUUUAGUAGUGGUCCGUGUGACGCCUGCACUGGUGCCGAUCAGUUGCUGUGUAUGCGCGUUAGCGUUUGCUUGGUUGUCUUCAUAGCUGUGGAAUGAAUUGCGUUAAUAAAAUACGCUCCUCUCUCUCACGCGGACAUGUAAAGCGAGUAAUUGCGCUCCUGCCGUCAGUGAGUGCUGGAAAACAAAUCCCAAGUGCAGUCUGUUCAAGAACUCUGUUUGGAGGAUGACAGGAGAUGGCUGAAGGAGUACCGUGAAGCCUUUUGCUGUGGUCUGACCGUACAGAUCCCAGAACCUAUUCCACUUGCAGAUACAACGUGUGCUUCUCAAGUAAAUGGGCACACUGUGAGCCUGCAGACUUACUCAGGGGACAAAAACCAGGAGAUGCUUUUUGUGAGGACAGCUGUGCUACACCUCCAUCCUGCUGAGUCUUGGAAUUUCCUUUGGACAAACUCCUGUGACAGAAGGAGUUCCUGCAGCGGUGGCCACCUGAGGAGGCAAAGGAUUGCUGAUAGCUGCCAGCAGAGCCUCGGUGAUUCUUACCCACGUGGGACACUUCAGAGAACUGGGAACAAGGCCUGCUGCCAAACUUGUGCUUGAAACCCUACACAGGAAGAACCAUUUGUCAGAUGUCACCCCAACAGGAGCUGCUGAAUUCAAGUGCGCUUCUGGAGGAAAAAAUAACAAUUUAGAUAUUUACCAGGAAGGAAAGAAAGUUAAAAGUAGAGUGACAGUGACUUCAAAGAGGGUGUCUGACUUGGAAGAAUAACACUUUUGCUGGUGCUGGUUUUAGGAGUACCAGCUGUGCCUGUGUUUGAAGGAUGGAGCAGGUGUUUCAGCCAGGUCAGUAGCCGAGGUUGUGAAGUGGUGCCUGGCACACAGCCUGGCCUUGGAGGAGCAUUUUGGAGAGAGCAUCACCCCGUUAGCACCAUGGGAGCUCCAGCCCCAGGGUCUGUGCUGCUGCUCGCUGUGCUGAUGGGGCUCUGUGCUCCCCCAGUGGCACAGGGGAAGCCAAACUUCAUCAUCAUUCUGGCAGACGAUCUGGGCUGGGGGGACCUGGGGGCCAACUGGGCCGAGACGAAAGAGACCCCACAUUUGGAUGAGUUGGCUGCUGAAGGGACAAGGUUUGUGGAUUUCCACUCGGCUGCCUCCACCUGCUCACCAUCCCGCGCCUCUCUGCUCACGGGGCGCCUCGGCCUGCGCAAUGGGGUGACCCACAACUUUGCCAUCAGCUCGCUGGGCGGCCUGCCCCUCAAUGAGACCACGCUGGCUGAGGUGCUGCGGGCAGCAGGGUACAGCACAGCAGCUAUAGGCAAAUGGCACCUGGGGCACCAUGGCCACCACCACCCCAUCUUCCGUGGGUUCGAUUAUUACUUCGGGAUCCCCUACAGCCAUGACAUGGGCUGCACAGACACCCCUGGCUACAACGUGCCACCCUGCCCAAGCUGCCCACAGCACAGCGCAGCCACCAGCCCCAGCAAUAAAGACUGCUACACGGAUGUAGCCCUUCCUCUCUUUGAGAACCUCACUAUCAUCCAGCAGCCUGUCAACCUCAGCAGCCUGGCGGAGCGGUACGUGGAGGCGGCAGCACGCUUCAUCCGGCAGGCAAGGGACAGCAGACGUCCCUUCUUCCUCUAUCUGGCGCUGGCCCACAUGCACGUGCCACUGCAGAUUGCCCCACCACAGGACAGGGGUAUCUAUGGGGCUGCCCUGCGUGAGAUGGAUGCCCUGGUGGGACAUCUCAAGCACCUGGCCGACAGCUGUGGGAAGGGCAGCACACUGCUGUGGUUCACAGGUGACAACGGCCCUUGGAUGCAGAAGUGUGAGCUAGCGGGACGCCUGGGGCCACUGCUGGGGGCCUGGCAGAGGGCACGAGGAGGCAGCCCUGCCAAGCAAACCACCUGGGAAGGAGGGCACCGGGUGCCAGCACUGGUGUACUGGCCUGGCCAUGUCCCUGCUGAGCGGAGCAGCCGCGCCAUGCUGAGCACCCUGGACGUCUUCCCCACACUGGUGGCCCUGGCUGGAGCCACACUUCCCCCAAACAGGCGCUUUGAUGGCAUGGACAUGUCCCCGGUUCUCUUUGGGCUGUCAGACGUGGGACACAAGAUGCUGCUUCACCCCAACAGCGGGGCAGCAGGGAAGGACGGGGCGGUCGAGGCGCUGCGGCUGGCUCAGUACAAGGCGUUCUACACCACAGGAGGGGCGAAGGCUUGUGAUGGAAGCAUUGGGCUAGAAGAGCAUCACUGGCCACCGCUCAUUUUCAACUUGGAUCGCGAUAUCCAGGAGCACGAGCCUUUGGACGUGGCAUCCAGGGAGUAUCAGGCAGUGCUGCCUGCAAUCAGCAGGGCUUAUGCCCAGGCCCUGGAGGAUAUUGCAACAGACAACAUCACGGUUGCAGACUACUCCAAGGACCCGGCAGCGGUGCCCUGCUGCAGCACACAGCACGAGGCCUGCCGGUGCCACACAGCCACAUCUCACACAGCCUCGCUGCACCAGCGCACGGACAGAAGAGCAACACAGCUUUGUGUGUAAGCAAAUCAUUGCUCAAGCUGCUUCUCUUCCAAUCCCGGUUUCUGUGAACGGGACUGCUGUUCAUGCUGGCUGCAGGCUUGAGGUUGGCCCAGUGGGCAGGGAUGGAGGCUGCAGCUCCCCGUGCUCUGCGCCUUGCACAGAGCCUUCCCUCAGCUGUGUGUGAGGGAGCAGACAGAGGGUCCCGUUUGCUGCAGCUCUAUGCAGAGCAGCACUGUCCCCUGGCUGGAGCAGUCACUGCAGCACCUGGUGGCUCUGGGCUUUUUGCAGGGCUACAUGUCCCUGACAUCUUGCUAGAUGGGAUGCUUGGUGUGUCCUGCAGCUGCUGUGCAUUGCAUAGCGGAGGCCAGAGAUUGUCUUGGGAGAAGUAUCUGAGUCCUGAUAUUUUGAAAGGCUUUGUGUAAACAGGUGUGCAAUGCAGAACUGGAGGAACUGCUCCCUGUCAACUGUGUAUAUGCAUCUUCUAGGGAGCUCAGAGAGAGGGUCCCAAGGUGUCCAGGCAGCCCAGUGCUGCAGGCAGACUCAGCUCCUACCAACCCCGAUGCGAUGCUGCAGGGCUGGGCGAGGCUCUUGUGGGACAUUUGUGGGCACAUGCAAAAGCCUGAGGAGCUGCAGAGGCAAAACUGAAGUUGCAACUGAAACUCAGAAACCACCAGGAUUUCCCAGCAACUGAGUGAGGGUUUUCUGAAACACAUUUGGACUCCAAAUUGCGCACCCAGGUCUUUCUUUGGACAAGCCGUAAGUGGCUUGUCCCAAGCAAAGCAAGGUGUUACACCAGCCACUGGGAGUUGUAAUUACGGGCAGCACUGCUGAAAUUAGAGGGGCUGCCCAACCGUUUGCAAUUAGCACUGGCCCACAGCCUCCCACAGCAGCACAGUGUGGCUUUGGCUGGGCUGGGUCCGGAUGGUGCCGGAGCCACCAACCUCUCAGCAGAGCCCCAAACCCACUUGCUAAAGCUUAAUCAAGACUGACAUCUUUAGGGCCCCACAAAGAACAGCAGGAGCACGGGCAGCGAGCUGCCAGGGACGGACUGUGACUUUAUUCUGUCUUUAGCUGUAGCAAAUCGCAUCUUUUCUUGUGUCACUGCAAAAAUACUUUGCUUGGGUAAAAUAGUAUGUACUGUACAAA